AUGGUCAAUUCCAAUCCCCCGUCCGGUAGACCUACUCUCACUCGCGAACAAAUCAUCGCCGAAAACGUGGCUAUCACCACGCGUAAUCAAACGCGUCAAUCACUCCGUAAUCAAGGUGAUACUAAUGUGGAUAACGAUGAAUCCCUACUUGUAGUUCCUCCGACCUUCACUAAUCCUUCUGUUACACGUCCCUCGAUCAAUCCGUCUGCUAUUGCCUCGUCAUCAUCUUCCAAUACCGCUCCUGUCACUCCUAACAAUCCUUCCAUUACUUUACAAGUUCCUACCGCCGCUUCUUCCUCCACCUCUAGACCUACUACCCCUACCCCCUCUACUACCACCAUCAAUAUGUCUAACAUGAUCGCCGCCUUUCAACGUUUAUCCCCUUCCAAACAAAUGUCCUUUCAUGCUUCCAUGAAUGCAGCUUUAGCAGCCUCACCGAACAUCCCGUCCACUCCCACUCCCAGCACAGAACGUUCUACCCCUGCCUCUCACUCCAUUAGAGACGUUUAUGGCAUUCAUACAUACAUUUUAGAACUAGCUAGGAACAACCAGCACAUCCCCUUCUCAUUACUGACUUCUAAAAUCACGCGACGUCUCUUUCUUGAGUCAUCGACUCUUAAAUUCAUCACCUUUUAUUCAUCCCACCGAGGCUCUGCACCCACAAAAUGUCAUCUUCUUGACAUCUCACAGUUUCCCACAGAGAAUACCAUCACCAUCCCCGAAUGGCAUGAAGCAUGGUCACGCUACCUUCGCUUCCUUCAGGAACACGCUUCCCCAGAGAUUCACACUCGUUGGUCUAACCAUUACGACAUCUUACGAGAACAUCCUGACUUCACAGAUAACUGGACCGCCAUUCUUACGUUCGAUAUCGAACAACGUGCAUCAUACGCAGCGGACCCUCAAACCCUAGACGAAGUUAAGUACUUCCGCCAAUUCGAAGACAUUAAAGGUCGUGUUGCCAGGAAAGAGUCCUUAAGAGCCGUCAGCGAUGCGGUUACUGACCUCAGGAGUCACCGUCACGAACCCUAUCCUUCGCGCGACUCCUCCUUUCGCAAGACUCAAACUACCGACAAGCCCUUUCGUGCUCCCUCCAAGCCCAACGACUCAGAACGUCUUCCCCCCCUUUGUCUCUCCUGCGGUCAACUCGGCCAUACCUUUCCCAACUGCCCCUGA